AUGUCUCUUUUGGAAUUAGCUCAACGUCAAACUGACCUUCUGGUUCAGGAUGAAAUCAAGAAGGAUGUAGACAACGUUGGCGGUUUGGCUGAAAUCAAGGAUCUCGAAGCACCCAGAAAGUCUAUCAAUUAUGCUCCUCACGAAUUGUUAGCCGAAGGAUCCCGCUUACACACUAGCAUCGCUGAUGUCAUUCAUCAUUCCCGUCUUCUCCAUGGAGAUGGACAAGCUGAGCAACUUCUGAUUGAGCUUAAUUCUGCUGCCCAAAUCAACCGUGGACCCGACGGAGUUUUCGAAUCUUCCAGACUUCAUUGGGACAUGCUCUUAGGACGGGAUAGCGAAAUGCAUCCAUCCGAUUAUUUGAACUUCGAUGCUAAAAUGAAGUUAUAA